GUUGGAAACAAAGAAAAGAACCGUUUGUAUAAAAUAGAGUCAGGAUUGGUGAUACAUUCCAUACAUGUUGCUAUGUUUUCCUGGUGUCAACAAUGGAGCUGUCCAAACAGAUUAGUGGCCUAGCGGAGUAGUAACUUUUUCAAAACCCUCUCCUGCAGCCGUAGUGGGAAGGAUCUUUCAUGGAUGCCGAUCAAGAUCUAUUACAGCAUAAUCAACAUCACCUGUUGCAUAAGAUCUUGAGCGAUCUUUUGUCCGCCGACGAAGUAGCUCAGAGAAGGGUUUUGGACAAGUAUUAUCUUCCCAACGCCAAGCUUACUUCACCAUUGAUCUCUGUGGAAGGCAUUGAAAAUAUAAAAAGUAUCUUUAAACUACGGUCGACGCUCAGCGUCAAACCACCGACCAUUACGACCAAGAUAUUCGACUACUGGACGUGUGCAGUCCAUCUUACCAACUACAUUAAAAUACCCUUUAUACCUCUGGUAUUAAGCAUUCCUAGCUGGAUGAUACUGCACUUUCAGGAAACGGACCUGGAUAGCCGCUUGCUCAAAGUUUGCUGGCACGAAGACAGCUGGACAAUUGAAGGUAUCUUGCAGUCAUUGCCAAUAGUAUCUACGCUAUACUCUGGCAUCAUUCGAGCUACGAUUGGAAGGUUGUUUUCUGGUACUGGCAGGCUACUUCAGUCUGCCAGCGGUGGCGCCAUCAGUCACAGUUACGAUGUGCGACAGAGAAUUUCCCAUAGACCUCGUGGUGGUCUUUUUCGAACAAUUCUCAUUCGUUGGUCUGAUUUUCUUGAACGAGGCAAACUUUACAUCCCACGUCCCAUUGACCACCCUCGAUACAACCGUCGACACCGCAAAAACCAGCUACUCCUCUUGCAUUGUGAUCAAACUCUUAAGCUUUAAAUUAUGAUGGGUUAGCAAAUACCGACUCAUGUGGUUUUUAAUCUAGGUUAAUUCAAUGGUGUAUAUUUCAAUCUAUGUACUUUGUGCAUAAAAGUUGUUAUGGAGACUGAUGUAUCAGUAAAAAAAUAUCAGGAAUUGUAUUGAAACGUUAUGUU